GCCCGGUCCGUCCUCUUCAGUUUGUCACAGUCUUGCGUGACUGUCCACGUCAUCCACCUCAUAACUAGUGGGAGGCUGCCUGCCGCGUGUCUAAUGCUGUGUGGUAAUAUACAACCGAAUGAAUAUACAGGCGAGAGGAGAUUCGCCCGGUUAGAGUGCGGCAACACACCAAGCGACGCCCAAAGGCCCAUUGCGCACAGGAUACUUCAACUUGAUUUCUCAUGACCACGUUUCAUCAGACUUCAAAAUUUGGCUAUCAUUAGUAGAGUGAUUCGUAUCAUAGCAGUCUGAGCUCCCGCUAUUGUAGUGGCAUAAAAGGCGGGCUUGCCGCUCGCAGAGCUGCGGCCGCUAACUCAGAUUCCUUUACCACCAGACCGUCAGAGAGCUACAAUGAGUAAAAAAUAUAAAUACCCAACCUUUCCCACUGAGGAGGAGGCGAUGGCGUACGUUGAUUCAUAUACGUUCGGUAAGGGACACGUGUAUGGGAUUUGUUCGUCCCCGGUGGACGGUAUCGACACCGGCAGCGUCGCUGGCCGUUGCCAUUGGUUCGCCCUCCAAGUAAGGAGAAACAAUCGAGGUUGGACCUUCUACCCCGCCGCGAGGGACACGUAUUGCAGGGGAUCCGAACCGUGCCUCAAGAGCGGCGACGGCUGUCAUGUCUUCCGAUACAGACAUGGGGUCGUAAACGGGUGCUCGUACACGGCGACAUGCGCGGAACCGGGGCUGCCAAUACCGCAGCAGCUUCUAGGGCCGGACGGACAUAUUCUUGAAGAGAUUCGCCAAAUGGAUCACGGGCAACUGAAGGAUUUACUCUUCUCGCUGGUCGAAUGCGACGAAACCAUUUAGGCGCGUAGAAUAUGCUAGCGACCGGAGAAGGGGCGUUGGAGGGCUAGGUCAGGUAGUUGGGGAAACGUACAGUAUACUUGACGGCAGGUUGACCACCGCGUGAGGUAACGCACUUCUCGGUAGGGUGGUUUCUACCGUUUCUGAGUGGAAGAGACGGGAACGAUAGACUCUACCUUGAAGGAGUUGGCACAAUCUGGGGAAAAAAUCAAAAAAAAAAAUCUACAUCAUGGAGUUUGGGCGAGAUAAUUGUGCAUACUAGACUAGAGCCGACCAUAGCGCUUGACCGACAGUGAUGCCAAGUCUGACUGUCGGGGAUCUGCCGGAUUCACUGCUGGACUCGCGGGAUCACGGCGUGUUGGAUAGAUAAGGCUUGUUGGUAGGGGUCGCCGAAGCAUAGUAAAGGAUGUUGAUCUGCGUGCUUAUUCACUUCACUCUAGUACGUGCG